AUGUCGAGCGGAACGACGGCCGCCGCUUCGCUACGGUCGCCGCGAGCGAAUUAUAAUUUAAAAUAUUUGCCAUUUUUCAUGAUCAGAAGAAGAAUUCGAAACAUAGGCUUUGACAUUGGGGGCAGGGCAAGGAAAAAAAUUAGUCAAAGAAAUCAAGAUUGCCCUCAUCAUCUAAUGAUUAUUCAUUAUUUUAUUGAUCAAUUUCUUUUAAAAUAUCGCGUUUAGUUAAAAUAUUGCUUGUUUAUUUAUUAUACAUAUAACUAGCAUAUAUUUUAUUUGGUUUUUACGUUUAUUUCUAAUUUAAUUAUGUGGUAUUUUUUCAUAUUUUAUUUUGUGAAAUUAAAAAUUUAGAAUUAUGCUUUUGCAAUUCUAUAUCAAAUAAUAAUUUUAUAAAAUCCAAUUUUUUCUUUUAUCAAAGCUUCUUCGCAAUUUUUGUUUUCAUCAUAGUUUUCUGCUC